GCGGUCGGUCACCGUCACCAGCCCGUCAGCUUCUGCUGUCUGAACUGCCAGAGCCGUCUAGUUUUGUUUACUCCUGCUCUAUUUAUUGCAAGCGUUGCCCUUUUACAUUGCAUUGUGUCAUGCCACGGCAGUCGUGCAGGUGAUGUGGUCGUUUCCAUUGCAGUGAGGCAAGCCAGGUUUCUCUGUGAUGAACUCAUAUCAUCUGUCAAUGUGUUGGCAAGGUUAAUCAGCUGAAAAGAGGCAUAACAGGUGGUUGAACUUGCAGCAAUGGAUUACGAUUAUUUAAUUAAAUUCCUUGCGCUCGGAGACUCGGGCGUAGGGAAAACCAGUUUUCUGUAUCAGUACACAGAUGGCACAUUCAACACAAAAUUCAUAUCAACUGUUGGAAUUGAUUUCCGAGAAAAACGCCUGAUGUAUAGAGGAACAGGGCGAAGCCAAUGGGUACAUCUUCAACUAUGGGAUACAGCUGGCCAAGAAAGAUUCCGUAGCCUGACAACAGCCUUCUACCGGGAUGCUAUGGGCUUCUUGCUGCUGUUUGACUUGACUAACGAGCAGAGCUUCCUGGAAGUUCGAAAUUGGCUGGACCAGCUGAGGACUCACGCCUACUGCGAAAGCCCAGAUGUGAUACUGUGUGGGAACAAAAGUGACCUGACUGACCACAGAGUCAUUAGUGAGGCACAGGCGAGAGAUGUUGCUGACAAAUAUGGGUUACCAUAUUUGGAAACAAGUGCUGCCACAGGACACAAUGUCGCACUUGCCAUCAACAUUCUCUUGGACAGAGUAAUGGCCAAGAUGGAGCUCGCCAUAGACAACCCUGUUUUUCCAGCACGUCAACUGAAGUUACCUCAAGCCAUCCCUUUGAAAUCUAGUCAACCAUCCCAAUGUGCGUGCAGUUUGCUGUAGAAAAUUGUUCAGAUCUGAGCUUGUAUUGAGCAACUGAAUAAAUUUAUAGAAACUGAAGGUUUUAUCAAAAUCAACAUGAUUAAUGCAAUACAAAACAAGGAGAUCAAAUACAAAAACAA